AUGUCUUCAACGUCGACUUCGGUGCAAGUUGCACUCAGAAUAAAACCGCUUACACAAGAUGAUUUAAUUAAUUUACCAGCAAGAUUUCAACGUCAAGUUAUAUCUGUUUCUCCAUUUAAUCCAAAUCAAGUAGUUGUUGAUACGGAAAAGAGACAAUUAUUUCAAUUUGAUCAUGUUUUUGCUCCUGAAGCUACUCAACAAGAAGUUUAUGAAAGAGCGAUCGGAAAUAUGAUUACAAAAUUUUUGGAGGGUUAUAAUGUGACUAUUUUGGCAUAUGGACAAACAUCUUCGGGAAAGACUCAUACAAUGGGAACUGCCGAUGAUACCACUAUACCUCCAGAAUCAAAAGGAAUAAUUCCACGUACAAUGGCAGCACUUUUUUCUUUGGUUAAUUCUGGUCAAUAUAAAUCUCAUAAAUUCUCAAUAAAAGUUUCAUUUAUUGAGAUUCAUAAUGAAGAUUUAAUUGAUCUUCUUGGUGAGGGUAAUGAAGAAGAAAGACCCCCUGUUACGAUACGAGAAGAUUCAAGAGGAAAUAUAUAUUGGACUGGAUUACAAGAAUUAAAAGUUGCCAAUGUAGAUCAAGUUAUGGAGUGGGUCGGUGUUACUGAUAUGAACUCUAAAUCCUCUCGGUCUCAUGCAAUAUUCUCUGUCACGAUGGUGCAACAAAAAUUCAUUCCUCAUAAUUACAUUCCGGGAGGUCAAUCAGUUACAUCUCCACCUAAUUCAAGACCUGGAACUCCUGCUUCAUCAAGAUUUGGAAGUCAACCAUCUUCAAGAACAAAUUCUAGUUUAGAUAAAUUUGAUGAUGGUGAAUGGGUUACAAUAUCUAGUAAAUUUCAUUUCGUUGAUUUAGCUGGAAGUGAACGUUUAAAACGUACUGCUGCAAGCGGUGAUCGUGCAAGAGAAGGAAUUUCGAUAAACUCUGGUUUACUUGCUUUAGGAAAUGUGAUUUCAGCUCUUGGUGAUCCUAACAAAGCAAGACAUACCACUCAUGUACCAUAUAGAGAUUCUAAACUUACUCGUUUAUUACAAGAUUCUCUUGGUGGAAAUGCACAAACUUUAAUGAUUGCUUGUGUAUCUCCAAUUGAAUAUAAUAUGAAUGAAACUAUUAGCACUCUUAAAUAUGCUAAUCGUGCUAGAAACAUCAAAAAUCUUGCUUCUGUAAAUCAAGAAGAAGCGGGUUGGAAUGAUGUUAAUCAUUUACAAAAUUUAGUUAUGAAACUUAGAGGUGAAAUUUCUGCUUUAAAAGCUGCUGCUGCUCAAAAUGCUCAAAGAUCUCAAGAUGGUGGUUCUGUUAGUCCGGAAAAAGUUUCUCAAUCUCCUUUUAUUAGUGGUAAUAAGAAUUCUUUAAAUGGAUUUUCUGAAAAGAAUAUUCCAUCGGCUAAAAUUCCUGGAAGGAGAAGGAUGACUCCUUCUACCACUUCUGGAAUUCCUGGAAUUCCUGGAAGAAGUACUCCGGUUGGUGGUAGAGAAACUCCUACUAGAAUUCGACCUACAUCACCAUUAAAUACUUUUACACACGGUAAUAUUAAUGCACAUCAACAAAGAGAUAAAGAAAGUUAUGAAGCGUUAGAAGAACAAUUAUUACAAUUGCAACGUUCUUAUGCAGAAUUAUCUCAAAAGUAUGCAAAAACUUCGGCAGAAUUGGCAUUACAUCAAGAUAAUUAUGAUGAGAUAGAAUUAAUAAAAAAUAAUCAUUCCGGAAUAAAAUUAAGAGUGGUUACUGAACAAGAAAUAGAACAGUUUGAAAAGACAAUAUCAUCACUCGAGAGUAAACUUGCAAUUACUAGUGCAGCUUUAAAUCAUUCAGAAUCUAUUUUAAAAGAACAAGAAAAUCGAAUAGAAGGAGCUGAUUCUGCUAAUGAACAAAAUAAAGGUUUAGUAGCCAGUCUCCAAAAAUAUAUUAAAGAACUUGAAUCAAAACUUCAACAACGUGAAAUUGAUGCGCGUAUUGCUGCAUCACGUGAUAACCACUCGGAAAAAUUCGUUAGUGAAACUAUACAACUUUUGGAAUCAAGACUUAGAGAGAAGGAAGAAGCAUACACUGAACUCGAAGAAAAAUUAAAUAAUCUUCAACUUGGUGAUUCUUCUGAAUCAUCUGGUAGUGAUAAAAUUACUAGACUUGAAGCUAAAUUGGAAUUUCUUAACAAUGAAGUCAAUAAACUUAGAAAUCUAGGUAUCAAGUUGGGUACGGACGAUCGUCCGGAAAAUUAA